UGGAAUAUUACACAUUUCUCUUCAUUUUCGUGUUUAUUCUCAGUUUUUUUAUGCUAAACUCGAAUGCGUUUAUAUAGAGUGAAAAUCGUUUUUUUCCGCCGUUGUGUCUUGGCAAUGUCUCUCAAUUAUGUGUUUUUUUCGGAUUUUCCUUGCUCUUUGUAUAAAUGUAAAUGCGAUUUUUUUUUCAGAAAGUAUGAUGACGAUUAUAGAAAACAAACGCCAGAGAAAGUGAUAAAAUAAAAGAUAUCAAAGCAGCGUUAUUGACGAAAUGGAGAGAUCGCGCAAAUGGCGUGAGAGUUUGAACAUGAAGAUAAUGUUAACAAAAUCACUUACCUGAAUAUGCUGAUGCUAAUAAGCCAACGAAGCGUAGAAUGAAUACCUGAUAUAUUCACGGUCUGUCGCCAUCGACUUGCUUGCUGUGAUCAUGUGGAGACUGAUAUGCUUCCGGCUUCCGUCGAUGCCCCGCAGGGUGCUUCUGCGGAGGGUCUUGCCCGUCGUCUUGGCGGCCGCGGCCAUGGCCUUCCUCGCGCUUCAAGGAGUCUUCGAUCUGGUGCCAGUGCCUCACGCGCCGUCCUCGCUCGCCCUCGACCUCCACGCCCUCGAAAGGGACGCUGGGCGAGCUUCCCGCAAUGCCACGCCUCCCGACGACUUCCCGUUCGAGUUCUUGAUCAACGAACCCGAGUUCUGCCGCAGCAAGGAGGACCUCGACGUCAUCAACUUCGUCGGCGUGGCCCCGUGGGAGAAGAGCGCGCGAGAACGCAUCAGGAGGCUCUGGGGCAACAGUACCUGGAGAAGCGUGUCUGGGUUCAGCACCGUGUUCCUGGUGGGGACGACGGAAGAAGAGGGCGUCAUGGAGGCCGUGCAGAAGGAGAGCCAGGUGUUCAGGGACAUAAUCCAGGUCUCCUUCCGCGACACCUACGACAACCUCACCCUCAAGACGCUCUCGGGGUUCCACUGGGUCGACCGCUACUGCCCGAACCCGACGUGGGUCCUCAAGAGCGAUGCGGACGUCGUCGUCAACGUCUUCGAACUGAAAGACUUUUUAACGCAGUACGACGAACGAACCAACGGCACGAGGCACCAGCUGAUCUGUAAACGCAGACACUCUCUCAGUCCUUGUCGGAAGAGCUGUCGACACAAGAAGUGGCAGGUCUCGUGGGAAGAGUACCCGCACCCGCGAUACCCAAGCUACUGUCAAGGACCCGGGUAUAUCAUUCCCAGACGCCUGGUGGGGACCAUCUACCGAGCCGCCAACAAGACCCACCCUUUCCGCAUGGAGGACGUGUACUACACGGGCAUCCUGGCGGACAAGCUCGGCAUCACCAAACUGAGCAUCGCCCACCGCUUCCCUUGGCGUCCGAGGGCGUGGCAAGACUCCUUCGUCACCACGGACAUCAUGAUCCUCGAGCUGGACAAGGGCGUGGGGAGGGGCGCGUCCACUCUCGUCUGGUCCAACAUCCUCCACAACAGGGGCUUCAAAGAUGAAUCUUGCGCUAAUGUGACGGGAAACUACAAGGUGCCGGGUUUGCCUUCCGCGUCCUGACGAGUGCGCUGCAAGUGAAGAUGCCAUUCGAGGGACAUUUUAUUUCAAGAAGGAAAUAAAAUUUGACUUCAUUAUCGCUACCGAGAGAGGAUAACUUUACAAAAUAAGAUAAUGUGUGUGGUUAUUCGUGCCUAUGGACGCGUGUAUGUCGCAAAAUAACCUAUGUGUUAAGUAUCAAGAGUUUUAGAAAACAAAGUUUGGCAGAAGUGUUGAAGUGAUCGAAGUGGAGUUGCACAGACUUUAUACUGAUAUUUUUUCUGCAUGUCAGGUGUUUAUGGCCACGAAAGACAUGCUGAUAAUAUGUUGAAACUCUUACAAAAUAUAUAAAUUCUUUUUAGUUUGACGCAUUAUAAAACGUGAUUUUUUUUUUUUAAUU